UAUUCUAAUUUAUAUUUUAUUUCUUAUAUAGUUAUGGUAUUUUGUGCACUUGUAAUUUACACUAUGGUAGUGAUUGGAAUUCUGAUGCUUCUUCAAAGUUUUACAAAGUGGGAAGGUUGCACGAUUAAUAAAAUCUUUAUUGGCGUCAACAGUGGACUUUGUUUACUUUGUUCAUUUAUUUCAGUACUUCCUGUUGUAGAAAAAAGUACGGGGGACUUCAGAGCGGGACUCUUGCAAUCUUCCAUCAUAUCUGCGUACGUAACCUAUUUAACGUGGUCGGCUCUGUCUAGCGAACCGAGAAAAGGAGACGAAGAUUACGUGGAGAAUUACGAAAAUAACCGGACGCUUCUGGAGGCGACGGAAGAAUCUUGCAGCCCGUCGCAGCUGGCUUUCGACACCAACGAGUGGAUCGUCUCUUACAUCGGAGUGGCCAUAAUGUUCACCACGGUUCUUUAUUCCACACUACGCACUUCUCAUCAGUCCUACAGAUUGGGAAUUACCACUCCUACUUCGAAGAGAAGUCGUUCGGACGGUUCCGGUCGUUCUUCCAAAGCGUGGCGGAAGGUGGAAGAGGACGGAGGACAGAGGGUGAUUCGGAACGAGGCUGGCAACGUGGUCUACGGCUACUCUUUCUUCCACGUCAUGUUCUGUCUGGCUUCUCUCUACAUCAUGAUGCAGCUGACUCAUUGGUUCCGCCCGGAAACGGCGCGCCUGGGAACCUUCGAGAGGAACUGGGCUUCCGUCUGGGUCAAGAUGGCCUCCUCCUGGAUCUGCGUGGCUCUCUACCUGUUUUCCCUGCUGCUGCUGCCCGGGCCCCCCACCACCGCCACCUGAAUCCGCGGCGUCAGUCCCGUAUUUUAAUCUCUUUGUAGCGCGUAUACGCGCGUCGAGUUACGUAUUUACCUACGUCGGAAUAUUUUUCCAAUAAAAGUAUUUUCGUCACCUU